GGCCCGGGAACAUGGCCGCCACCGGGAUACGGCCCUGGGGCUGAACUUCCUCUAGGCCAUGCUAUGGAUUAUAUAUGUAAAGGCGUCCCCGCCUUCAAAGGCCAUAUGCGACGGAUACCUCACGCCGGAGAUGAGUUUUGCUCGACAUACGCCACCGCGGCUGGGAACCGAGGCGAAGAGGAUGACGGCGUCAACCAGCACGACUCGAUGACCCAGCUCAUGACCAUGAGAACCAUGGGCCCCGGCACCGCGUCUCGUCCCUGGGCGACGAUGGAGCAGCCCAGCUACUCCUUCUACUUCGGCACGCUCCCCGGCACUGUGACCCUGAAUCAGUGGGCUACCACCGCCAGUGCCAGGCCACCAACGAUCGCCCUGCGUGACUCGGGGGUUGUGGCUCGUGACGUGGAUUUGGUGCGCAUCUUUGGCAGGCUUAAAGACUUGGAGUUGGGGCUGGAGGACAAUGAUGUCGACUACAUGUACAAGAACCUCUAUCGGAAGUUCCUCAAGGACCCAGACCGUGUCUUGAGUCCCCACAAGACUCUAGACAAGCAGAUUACCGACCUCAUCUUGGUUCUCACCCGCCCAGACCACUGGAUAGAUUUCUCGCAGGCCAAGAACCAGAUCGUCACGCGGUUUAUAUUUGACACGGCACAUGUCAACCACGAACAGUAUGUCAAGUUCUUCCACCAGCUACUUCUGAGCAUGGAGCUGGACCUGCGCAUACAUUCGAGACAGCAUGGCGAGUGGGCCAAGGAGAAGCUUUUAGAGCAGCUGCCACCGGCUAUCAAGUGGAAUUUGGCCCUCUCGAGAAGGUGGCGGGAUAACGUUAGGAUAGAAGCCUAUGGGAGCACCGCUGACCAAGUAAAACUACGGUAUAAACUGAAGCGACGGCAGGUCAAGAUGAUCAAGAGGUUUGCACAGAUGAUGAAGUGGCCUAAUCUUGCCGAGACUCUGGCCUCUCUGAGACAGGGCUAUGAUGCCUCAAAUCUUGAUGCCAUCAGCUCCCAUGCCAUGGCCUUCUUCAGCGGCCUGGUACUACCUGGCCCUUCUUUUCCCUUCGUCAUGAUGAACGCCCUGAUCGACAUCGACCCGGAUGAGGCCACCGACGACCUGGCACUUCUCAUCCACCUGAACCCGAACUGCGGUUUCCAGUAUCGGAACAGUUACACCUACUGGACGUCGACCUCGAUCGUCGGCAAGGUUCUCGCCCCGACCUGCCAUGAGGUCGCAGGCUGGGUCGGUCCAGCACGACCCACACCGGACCUGAGUCGCUCUCAGAUUGCGCGCGUCCGUUCCCGCCCGCCUCGACAGCGACUGACCCCCGAGGACGUGCGCUUGAUGUCAGAACGCUCCGACCCCUUGGGACCCCCCACAGAUGCGUUCCCUGUAGAGGAUUAUGACAUGAUUCGCCCAGACACGGACAAUAUUGUCGACACGGUGCGCAUCGAACUCCUCUCGAUGAAGCCCUGCGCGGAAAGGAUGGCGGACCCGGGACCUAAGUGGUUCAAUGCAGCGAUACAGUUCGCCAUCGACGGUGUCUCGUGGCCUCUGCGCCUGACCUAUGAUGUGCACUUCAUCUCAGCGUGGCCGUGCACGCAGGGGCCGCACCCGCUGUUCUACGACUAUACUUACCUAGCCGUCGCGGCAGACGAGGUCAUCUCGAUCCGCGACUGGGCUGGGCUAUACGGCGCGAGGAGUAGGGGGCGCCGGCCGUCGAUGAACGGAAACGGGAACGGCCACGCGACGACGAAAGGAAAAUCAGGUGAUCAUAGCAAGGACGAGGAGGAAGAUGUCCUGGUGAUCGAGGCCUUUGGUGUGCCAGAUAAUGAAGUGCUGGCCAGGGCCUGGUGUGCACACUGGGGGCUGAGCGCGGUGGUGGCGGAUAUCGGGAAGACUUGCAUGGCUUGUGCCAUCCGCGAAGCCUACGCUGCAGUUCUGACCGUUGUCAUCCUCGUCGAUAACAGCAGCAAUCAGGCCUCGUAUGAUGAUUGAGAAGAGGUUCAAGUCGAGGUCCGGGAUUUCUGGUUUGCACAAAGCGAGGUCUCACAAUAUGAAAUGAUUUCGUUGCUACGACUAAUGAUAUUUCGAGGUCAAUUCAAGCAUCCGGCAUAGGAGUAUCAGGAAUGGGGGAGGGGUUGGGAGCGUAUUCGAAGAAUGUGGUUAUUGAGAGAAUCUGGGGCAGCGGCGCGAGGAAUGUCCCCAUGGCACUGGGGCAUGGGAGUUUGGGUAUUUUCUCUCCUGUUCAUUGGGAUUUUGAAGCUCUGGCACACAGUCCAACUGCAUACCGUUCUCAUUAUUGAGAUUGGAAUGAAAUGAAAGCCUCAUCUCUUCUUUUUCCUAG